UUUUUUUUUUUUUUUGGAAUGACACUUGGGGAUAAUUUGAUGCAGAAUUGCUCUGCUUUGUCUCUGGGUGGCCGCGUAUCAAAGGAAGUCCACAGCAUAUACCCAGCAGCAUCCGUGGAGCUUCGCGCCUCGCGCAUAUUAAAGCCGGCACGGUUUCGAGAGACAGUGAACUUGACAGCUCGUCUCUUGUUCCUCCUCAGAUCUGCUUCGAGGAUCAGAGGGAUUCUUCAGAGGCUGCAGGAUGACAGGGGUCAUCAAAGGCCACCUGGACCCUUUAAAAGCUCCGCGUAAGGCCUGGACUCCGCACAAAUCGGAGCGCGCAGUGCUGGAGAGAGAGCUCGUCGCGCGCCUGCUCAGACCACAGCGAAACGAUCGCGCUGCAAAAAUAUCGACCUCUAGAAACGCAUUUCAACGAUGGGACUUGCACGUGCACUCGCUUUGGUGCUUGCUCUAGCGAGCCUGGACUGCCUGGGGAUCAAGCAGCAAAGCGCGAGGCAUCGCGCGGAGCAUCCCAGUGCACACGGGUACAGUGCUGGAGAGGACCGUCCUCACAGAUACCCAGUGUACAUGAUGCAGCUGUAUCGAGACUACAGGAACACCGCUGCCAGUGUGAGCAGCCAUGCCUUGCACCAGACUGACUCCGUACUGAGUUUGGUGGCCAAAGAUUGUCAUCAGGACGGUGAGAGGUGGAAGGUCACUUUCGACAUGUCUUCGCUUUCCGGCAGCCAAGAAAUCCGGCUUUCCGAGCUCCGCUUCCGCGUGCCUGCCUUUUCCGCGUCCGUGGUGGAGCUCUAUCACAUGCAUAACAGUGCACCGGAAGAGCGCAUCUUCCUCGGCAGCAUCAAGGUUACUCCUGGACGCACCCCCUCCUCGUCGUCCUCCUCGUCCUGGAAAGCCUUCAACGUAACUGAUCUCCUCACAUACUGGCUGCGUCAAGAAGGCGAGGGACAGUGGCCUGCAAACGAGUUCGUGCCCGAAAAUGACAUGCCGAGUGAAGUGGAAGAGGGCAGCGGUAAGGAUGACACUGAAUCAUCUUCACGCCGCACAAUCCAACACCUCACCACAGACCGAGUGAUGAUUGUGGUGUUCUUGAAGAGCGCGUCGACGCAGGGUCACCAGAGCAGCCCUACUUUAAUGCAAACGGUACAGCACUCCAAAUACGUGGCCCUGGACCGUCCUGGUAACGCAAGGCGACACAAGAGGAACCGAAUGGAGCCGGGACAUGUUCGGGAGGUGGCGAGUGAAAACGUUACUGGGCCAGUCACAGAGUCCAGGCAAAGACCUCUGUGCAGGAGAGUGGACAUGUGGGUGGAUUUUGACCAGAUUGGAUGGAAUGAGUGGAUUGUGCAUCCAAAGCGCUAUAAUGCGUAUAGAUGUGAAGGAGACUGUCCAGUGCCACUGGACGAAUCUUUCAAGUCUACAAAUCACGCCUACAUGCAGAGUCUGUUGAAGCUUUACCAUCCAGAGCGCGUCACCUGUGCGUUGUGCGCGCCCACGCGCCUCAGCUCACUCUCCAUGCUGUAUUACGAGGGCGAUGACGUAGUUCUGCGUCACCACGAGGACAUGAUCGUAGAAGAGUGCGGCUGCCAGUGAAACCUCCUGAGUCUGAUGUUCUGAAGACACUUUUUCACUUACUCUUGCACACUUGUGACGAGCAACCCGGUGAUUCAGUGGAUCCGAUGACAAAAGCCACUAGUCUACUGAGGGAAUUUAAAUAUUUAAUAUUUAAAUAGAAGGUUUUUAAUAUGUUCGUAUGUAGUUUAGGAAAAGUGGAAUCAUUUCUGUGUACAAAAUGUAUAUACGAGUCAUUCUUAUGCUGAAAAAAUGUCUAUAUAUUUUUA